AUGUCGCGAUACCCAGACUAUCUUUCACCGAACGCAACCCCUUCUAAACCGUCCAACGCGCAGAAGUCAAGAACAAGACGCGAACCAUCUGGCGUUUUCUCUUUGUUUCAGGCACCUCAGAUUCAACUGUUCAAGGAGGCAUUUCAACUUAUCGACCACGACAAGGAUGGCUGGGUAACGGAAUCUGAUCUGCGAGAAAUAUUCUCGAGCCUUGGUAUUUCACCAUCGAAAAGUAUGCUAGAUGGCCUGCUCAGCGCGCGCCCUGGUGGCCCUGGGCACAGCAAAUCACCUCCUGCGACCCCUUCACGCGACUCGUCAGACAGAGGUAUCAAUUUUACCAUGUUCCUCACCAUGAUGAGCGAGCGACUUUUCGACUUCGAUCCAGAAGCUGAGUUGAGGGAGGCUUUUGAAUGUUUCGACGAAGGCGACACGGGUACAGUUAAAUCUGAUGAGAUGCAGAAAUGGAUGGGAGAAGUAGGUGAAAGAAUGGAUCAGCAGGAAAUUGACAAGUUCCUUAAGAGUUCAUUCACUGAUCGUCAAGGGAAUUUCAAUUACCGAGAAUGGAUUAAAGUGAUACGAGUGAAUGAUGAUGGUGAUGACGAAGGACCUGACAUGACAUGA